AUGGUCGACUCUCCAUUAUUCCAUCAUCAGUCAUUCGCUCCAUCACACUCGUGCCGGCCGCGUUGUAGCUUACCCUCUGCUGCUGCUGCCCUUCCAUCCACCAAUGCCUCUUCACCAAUCUCUCACGCAAAUGCACGCAACCACCACUCCGACCGAGUCUCUUCUUCAACACCACCGCAGAGCUGCCAUUGCCGGAAUUUUGCCGGCAGUCAUCCACGUGGUAACGACGUUGACAAACACCAAGCUCCACCACCGGAACAGGCACAUCGAUCCCAGUACGACGACAUUAAUACCUGUGUUGCUCCUUCCCUCGCGAACAAGCCGAACUUCCUUCCAUCGGAACCACAGUACYCCCGUUCCAUUGACGCCAGCCAGGCUUAUGUAAUCUUCAACCCCAGUUGCGAGAGCGAUACCAGCAACGACGCACACACCCUUGACUCUCCUUACAUCAACGACACUAAUGACUUCCAUGAUGCCAAUCCUACCCAGCACCUGGUCACAGCAUCGCAUGGCAGCGGCGAAACGACUCCUGGGACUGCAGGUGGGGAUGCGAGCCGGAGCCAACACCGCAUGAUCGCAGAUGCGGGGUAUGCCUCUCAACACAGUCGCAAUAGUAGCGCCUGGUCUCCGGGCCCGACUGCAGGCAACACUGCGAAUCGCAAACUUCAACAGCGAACCGCCGGAGAAGAAGCUGUACCACACCAUCGCCAUCAUCUGGUCGGACACCAGACCGAGAACAGAUCCGAAUCGAAACGCAGCCCAGCCAGGGCAGACUGGAGAGAUGGUCAACAGCCAGGAGACAAGUCGACACCACCACUCCGGGACGUGUCGCAUGCGCGUCUCCAAACACAGACACCAAGACACGAAUCCAGCAGAAAAGCAGUGGAAAGAGGUUUACUGGAGCUGAAGAAAGCCGAGAAAGCUCUACUGAAGCUGUUGUGCUUCUGUCCAGUCUGUUUUGAAAGGAAGGGAACACUCGAAAAUCUCCGCCGGCACCUUGAAACUUGCAUGCAAGACAAACGAGAACAGAUCACCAUCUGGACGUGUUCGGUCUGCCGGAGAUGUGAUUACUUCGACGAUUGGGAAGCAUUCCUCGCCCAUAUCCAGAACGCCAUCACAAUGGGGAAUCCCAUCUAUGAUGCCACUGGCCAACUCUCGACUGCCAGGGAAUGGCUCACCAACUACAACAAUCGAGGAAAUGCCAUUACCCGACAGCUUCGAGGUCUGCUGGAACACCACUCCUUCGAGCCGUUUUGGGUCAGAGUCACCUUUGGAUGGCAUGUCUCUCUUUCAUGGCAGUGUAUCCCCACGGUCUUGGAGUCGAAGCUCAAGCUACAAAGAGUUGGCGGUCUCGCCGAGACUGAAUUUCUCGAAAACAACGGCAAACUCCAUUGCGUUGGUUGCACCAACCUGGUCCAGUGUGGCGCCUGCAACACCAAGCAGACGAUCAUAGAGAGUGCGAUGGAGGAAUUAUUGAUCAGCCUGCAGAACCCUCCGACGCGGCAACCAGACAGCUGGCCAGACGCAGACUACGCCGAUGAUGGAGCGAUGCAGUCCAACGGGCGCGACGCUCCUCCAAAUAGGGAGCAGCACUAUGCGGAUCCCCCGAACCCGCCCAGCCAUCACCGGCAAUUAUCUUUUUCACUGCUGCAGCAAUACAACCGAUAA